CUCAUUCCCCAAGCAUCCUCUUAGUCUCCCAACAUAUUUUUUCUCUUUUUCCUUUACCUACAGGUGUAGCAUUUCCCAUUGAAAAAGUAUUUUGGGCUUUUCGUUGGGGUGGUGUUGGGGAUGAAGCUAAUUUCCAUCUGGUCAGUUGGGAUAAAGUUUGUUCUCUGAUCUCGGGUGCUGGCGUGGGGGUUCGUAAUUUGAGGACUUUUGAUAAGGCUCUUCUAGGGAAGUGGAUGCAGUGGUAUCAUCAGAAGGAGGCGGCUUUGUGGAGGGUCGUGAUUGAUUCUAAGUAUGGGAGUGUUUGGGGGUGGUGUUCCAAUGAAGUUAGGGGUUCUCAUGGAGUGGGAUUGUGGAAAAAUAUUCAAAAUGGAUGGGGGGGUGGCUUCUAGGUUUUUCAGUUUUGAGGUAGGUAUGGACUCUAGAGUUCUUUUCUGGCAUGAUUUUGGGUGUUGAACUAGGGCCCUCAAGAGUGUUUGACCAAGUCUCUUAUGGGUAGCAAGUGAUAAGGAGGCCAUGGUGGCUGAUUUGAUGGAUCAUUCCAAUAGCUCUACUCAGUGGAACAUUUGUUUUCUUAGAGUGGCCCAGGAUUGGGAACUUGGAUUCAUUGCAGAAUUUCUCAGCCUAUUGUUGUGCUGUGAAUAUUGGUAUUGUUGCAGAGGAUGGGAUGAUCUGGAUUCAGGCUGGGAGUUGGAGAUUCACAAUACGAUAUUUUUAGAAGGCUCUUUCGGUUCAACAUAGUAAUCAUUUUCCUUGGAAGAGCAUUUGGAGAUGUAAGGUACUUCCCAAGGUUGCUUUGUUUGGUUGGACUGCUUCUCUUGGGAAAAUCCUCACCAUUGACAAUUUGAGGAAACAUGGCCUUAUUGUGACAGAUUGGUGUUACUUGUGCAAGAAUAAUGGGGAACUGGGGAUCAUUUGUUAUUACAUUGCAAGGCGGCUAGGUUUUUGUGGGAUGACAGCUUCAACCAGAAUGGUGUAGCUUGGGUUAUGCUUGGGAGGGUGGUGGACAUUUUUUAUUGCUUGAGGGGUCCUAGCGGUAACAUCCAUAUAGCUGAAUGUGUGGAAAAAGACUCCUCUUUGUAUUAUGUGGUGUCUUUGGAUGGAGAGAGAGGGUCGGUUUUUUGAAGAUUGGGAGCAUUCCUUGGAUGAGUAUAAGCAAUUCUUUUUCAACACGCUAUUGUCUUAGGCUUGUCAUUGAUUGUUAUGGGCCUAGUUUUCAUUACUUGCUUGCAUCCAUUUCUAGUUCUUAGCUGUUGUUAGGUGUUUUCUAUGUAUACUUUCUGCAUACUUGAGCUACGCCUACUUUUCUAUUAAUAAACUUUUAUUUUACCUAUAAAAGAGUUGAAGAAUAUACUAAAAAUUCAUGCAAGUUGAGUCCAUUGAAGUCUAUAAAUACUGUCCAAAGGAAGAGUGUUGAUAAAGAAAUUCUUGAGCUCCUCCUUCAUCCACUUAUGGUCGUCGAAGGUUCUAUAAUUUCUCUUGUUCCAAAUACACCAAAUGAGGUAGAGCCAUCCACCAUAUUUUUGCAAUUUGCGGGCUGCCACCUAGUCUCUCUGAAAUUCUUCUAGGCAUGACUCAAGCCGAUCCAACUCUCCCAAAUAAGUCACUCCACAUUGUGCUUGCAAUAUCGCAAUGAAGAAGAAGAUGAUUGGACUUCCCCUACACAUAUAACGCCAAUUGAUCAUGACUACACAUCUCUUCCUUAAAUUAGCCGUUGUGAGAAUCUUCCCAAGAGUGGUUGUCCAGGUAAAAACAGCCGCUCUCGAUGGAAGCUUCGUUCGCCAAAUGCUCUUCCAUGGAAAUGGAUUGUUAACAUAAGGAAUUAUAAUGCUAUAUAAAGAACAAUCAUUGAACUGCCCUCUCUUGGACGGAGCCCAACAAAUUUUGUUUCAUCUCUUAUUCUCAUUCUAGGGGAAUAUAACAAAUUCAAGAACUAAUUGAAAGCAUAGAUCUCCCAAUCUUGCGCUGCUCUGUUGAUAACAUUCCACUAAACAGCACAAAAUCAUCCUUAACACAAGCAAAACUAUGUAGAACUGUGAAGACUUCCUUGAGGAUUCUAUCUCCACAUCAAAUCUAAUAUUGAAUCCAUCUCCUUUCUCAAAUCUGAUAUGGUCAGAAAACUUCCCCCAACCUUUCCUAAUAAACCUCCAUAGGCCUAUCCCAGCUGGUCCUUGAACAUACCCUUCCAUCCAAUUAACCGAGGCUCUAUCUUCUCAAAUAAUCUCAUUCCAAAUUGCCUUUGCAUUAAAGGUGGCCCUUGAUGAAAGACGUAGAUACUUCAUUGUUAAGGACGACACCUUACAAUUCAAAUUACCUGCCAAGCUAUCCAAAUUAGUAAUGUUACCUGCUAGAACCAAUUUUGACUUAGCUAAAUUAAUCUUCAAUCUGGAGAUAUCUUCCAAAUGUAAGAAUAAAGCUCGCACACACCGAAGGUGACCAAGGUCAUUCUCACAGAAAAAUAAAAUUAGUUUCUACAUACAAAAGAUGAGAUGGGUUGAUUUCAUGGGUGUUACUAGCCCCCACCGAGAAUCCUGCAAUAGAACUCCCUUUAAUCAAAGUCGUUAGCAUUGCGUUAAGAGCUUCCAUGACUAUACUAAAGAGAAAAUUUGUUUUGAUAAGGUAUUCAUUCUCAAUGCUGGCACCACUACUAAAGAGAAAAUUUUGACAAGGGAUCACCUUGUCACAAGCCACGAGAACUGUUAAAGAAACCAUAUGGAGUACAAUUUAUUAAUACUGAGAAGCACACCAUAGAAAUACCAUGUGCUAUCCAAAGAUCACCAUCUUUCCCUAAAAACUCAUCUCCUCCCCAAAUAUAAUAUGAAAUCCCUGCUAACCUUCAGCUGAUUUACCUUCAUCUUCUCCUUAGCCAAGACGAUCACAUCUUCUUGAUAUCCACCUUGUAUGGCACCCCAAGCACUUUGGAUCUAAGUCUACUAUCCAAACUCUCAUUACCAAUAAGAAUGGAGUCUAAAAUUUGUUAACCUCUAACAAAGGCAGGUUGAGACUUUGAAAUAGUUUUUACAACCACCAUACUCAAUCUGUUAGCAAGCACUUUGGAUAUGAUCUUGUAAAGUCCUACCACUAAAUUGUUAGGCCUGUAAUCUUUAAUAUCCACUGCGUCAGUUGUAUUAGAGCAAUAAAAGUAGCGGUUAAGCUUCUCUCAAAUUUCCAUAUUCCCUGGAGUUUGCAAAAAACUCACACAAUAUUUUCUCUAAGGUAUUUUACUUGAUUGUGGAGGUAUUCGUAGCGGUAGAAGGUAUUUUUAAGUUUGAAAAUAUGUGGUUGAAGUCUGAAGGUUUUGUGGAAAGGGUCAAACAAUGGUGGAUUUCGUACCGUUUCGAAGGUACUCCCAGUUUUAUUUUUGCAAAUAAACUGAAAGCUUUAAAAAGGGACUUAAAGGAGUGGAAUCAAUAGUCUUUUGGCAAUGUAGAGGAAAAUAAAAAUACUAAGUGGAGGGAAAUCCAAGAUUUAGAAAGAUUACAAGAAGUGAGACCACUUACUGGGGAGGAGCAAGCACAAAAUAUUUUGCUAGGUGCAGGUCUUGAGAGAAUAAUUCUACAAGAAGAGAUGUCAUGCCGUUAGAAAUCGAGAGCUCUUUGGCUAAAGGAAGGGGACAGGAGCACGAAGUUUUUCCAUAAAAUUACAAACUCUCAUAGAAGAAAUAACACCAUUGAGAUGCUGAAAAUUGCAGGGGUCAAAUGCAGAGAAUAAGAGGUAAUAAAAGAUCAUGUGGUGGAUUUCUUUGGAGAGCUCCUCGCUGAGAAGGUGGGGUGGAGGCCUACUCUGAAUGGGUUGGUUUUUGACACUAUUGAGCCGGGAGAAGUUGCUAGGAUGGAGAGGGUUUUCGAAGAGGAAGAGAUUUAUGAUGUAGUAAGGAAAAUGGCAAAAGAUAAGGCCCCUGGCCCUGAUGGAUUCUCUAUGGGUUUUUACCAAGAUUGUUGGAAGGUGAUAAAAGGGGAUCUUAUGAAGGUGUUUCAGGAGUUUUUCUCGGUAGGAAAAUUUGAGAAAAACCUCAAUACCACAUUUCUUGCUUUAAUCCCUAAAAAGGUAGGGGCCAUGGAGAUUACAGAUUUUCGACCUAUUAGCCUAGUGAAUGGGACAUACAAGAUCAUCGCAAAAGUGUUUGCUAAUCAUUUAAGUUUGGUCUUGGGGAAGAUUGUUACUAAGCCUCAAAAUGCCUUUGUAAAGGGUAGACAGAUCCUUGAUGCGGCUCUAAUUGCUAAUGAAUGUUUGGACAGUAGAUUGAAGGCUGGCAGCUCAGGGCUUAUGUGUAAGUUAGAUAUGCAAAAAGCGUAUGAUAAUGUUAAUUGAGAUUUUCUUUUAUAUCUACUGGGUAGGUGUGGUUUGGAGAAAGAUGGAGGUCUUGGAUCAGUUGGUGUAUAUCCAUGGUAAGAUUUUCAGUGCUAAUCAACGGUAGUCCGGAGGGUUUCUUCCCGAGCUCUCGUGGUUUGAGACAAGGGGAUCCAUUAUCUCUCUUACUUUUUGUUAUUGUUAUGGAGGCACUAAGCAGGAUGAUCUCAACUUUAGUGACUAAUGGUUUUAUUAGUGGUUUCCAGAUUGGCUCGCCGAGUAGGGGCAUCACUACUAUUUCGCAUCUACUAUUUGCAGAUGAUACGCUUAUUAUGUGUGAUGCCGAUCCAUAUCAGUUGAGGGCUGUGAAGGCGUUAUUACUUUAUUUUGAAGCAGUGUCUAGUUUAAAAGUGAAUUAUGUUAAAUCUGAGUUGGUGCCUAUUGGAGAAGUUCAGAAUAUGAGAGAGCUGGCUAGCAUUCUGGGUUGUAAGAUAGCGUCUUUUCCUAUGAGUUAUUUGGGAUUACCACUGGGUAUAGCCUCGAGAGCGCGCUCUAUUUGGGAUACAGUGAUUGAGAAAGUAGAAAGGAGAUUGACAGGUUGGAAGAGAAUGUACUUGUCAAAAGGGGGCCGGAUUACGCUUAUUAAAAGUACGCUCUCUAAUCUACACACUUAUUUCUUAUCCUUAUUCCCUAUACCGACAAAUGUGGCGGGUCGUCUUGAGAAGCUACAGAGAGACUUUCUGUGGGGGGGCUUAGGCGAAGAGUUUAAAUUCCAUUUAGUCAAGUGGGAGAUGGUGUGCCGUCCCAUCUCCAAUGGCGGUUUGGGUAUCAGAAAUUUGAGGGUGUUCAAUCGGGCGUUACUUGGCAAAUGGUUGUGGCGAUAUAUUAAGGAACCAGAAGCAUUAUGGAAGACUGAUUGAGAACAAAUAUGGUGGUUUAGGGGAGGGUUCGUGUACUAAAGAAGUUAGAGGGGCAGCUGGAAUGGGGCUAUGGAAACACAUUAGAAGAGGGUGGGAGGUUUUCCAUCGACACACAAGAAUGCAAUUGGGUACAAGUUCCAAGAUCAGAUUCUGGAAGGAUGUUUGGUGUACCAAUAAUGCUCUUCAAGACUUGUUUCUUACCCUUUUCUUGAUUGCAAAUGCUAAAGAUGCCAUGAUGGCGGAGGUUUUGGAAGUAGAAGGAAGUAACAUCCACUGGAAUAUCAAUUUCAAUCGGGCAGCACAGGAUUGGGAGAUGGGGAGUUUUGUAGAUUUUUAUAGUCUUUUGUACUCUUGUCGUCCAAAUUUCCAGCAUGUAGAUGAUCUAUGGUGGUGUCCAGCAAGGAAAGGGGUGUUCACUAUCCGCUCUUUCUACAAGGUUCUCACACAAGUUCCUGAGAUACAGUUUCCCUGGAGAAAGCUUUGGCGCAAUAAGGCUCCUCCCAAGGUUUCGUUCUUUGUGUGGACAACGUCUUUGGGAAAGAUUCUCACUACGGAUAAUCUGAGAAAAAGAAGCAUAAUCAUUGCAGACUGGUGCUGCAUAUGUAAAAAAUGGGGUGAGUCGGUGAAUCAUUUACUUUUACAUUGCGAGGUAGCCAGGACUAUGUGGGAUGAGGUGUUUAAUAGAAUGGACAUAGCGUGGGUUAUGCCGCGAACCAUGCUGGAUGUUUUGGCUUGCUGGACCGCAAUUCGAGGUGUGUGACAGAUCAAAGCGGUUUGGAAGAUGAUUCCUAUUUGUAUUAUGUGGUGCUUGUGGCAGGAGCGCAAUGAGAGGAUUUUUGAAGACAGAGAGAUCUAUGGCGGAGUUAAAAAUGUUAUUUUUUAGGACUCUUUGUACUUGGGCCAUUGCUGUAGACUUUAAUAGCAUGAAUCUCCAUGAGUUUUUAGUUUCUAAUGCUCCUAAUUAAAUAGGGCAUAUUCUGAUUUGUAAUUGACAGUUGAUUGGAUGAAUAAGACUUUACUUAUCAAAAAAAAAAAAAAUUCUCUAAUCACAUUUCAAAAAAAAUUGGAAGAAUGCCAUAGAGAAACCAUCCUGGUCCAAGGCCUAACCACCAUUCAAAUCUUUCACUACUUUAUGCAUCUUGGUCUCUUCAAAAGGCCUCUCAAAAUUGGUCAGUCUUCUGUUAGCAAGCACUAUUUUAAAAUCUUCUCAAAAAAGCUUUUUUGUUGAGAAUGGUGGGGAUGACUUCUUUUUGAAGCUCUUCGUUGUUCUUUUAGACUGAAUGAAACUAGGGGCUUAUGCUGUGAUCAAGUGAAUAUUUGACAGUUUCUUCUUUAGUUUAUAUGGAUGGAGAUCUAAUGAAGUUUCUAAUUUUCUUCAAGUUUUGGAAGUCAUUGAGUUGUACUCUUUAUGAGAAUGCUGUUAUUUCAGAAACUGUGCCUUAUUAUCUUUAGAUCUUUCUUCCACUGUCUUCGUAAGGAUCUGAGCUGUGUUUUUUUCCAUCCAACAUUGAUUUGGAUGGCCAAAGUUCCUCCCUAAGUCAAGGUUUGGGCAUGGUUUGUUGUGAAUGAAAAGGUGUUUUCUGAGUCUUGAUGGAUAUUUAGCUGUCAUGUUUAUUUUUUUCUGCGGUGAAGAAAGGGCAAAGAUUUGAGCUGAUACUAUGCUACCCACUUUGCGGUUGAAUUAGCAUGAGAAAUAAACCAUGCCGUGUUGGAUUUUUUCUUGGAAGAUCCACUGGGUGCUUUAUUGUUAGGAGAGAGUCAAUUCCUGUCAAAGGGAUUAUUGAAAAUGAAUUAUUUAAGCAAGACUGGAGGUCAAGGAAGAAGGUUCAAAUAUUUCAGUACGUUUUACUCAAGUGGGCAUUUGCACUUCUUAUAGGCCUAGGUACUGGACUAGUUGGCUUCUUCAAUAAUAUUGCAGUUGAGAACAUAUCUGGUUUCAAGUUGCUGCUGACUAGCGAUCUCAUGUCUAAGCACAAAUAUUUCAAGGCUUUCGCAGCAUAUGCUGGUUGCAACGUAGUUUUAGCUGUUGCUGCGGCAGCUCUUUGUGCUUUCAUUGCUCCAGCAGCAGCAGGGUCUGGUAUUCCUGAGGUCAAAGCCUAUCUCAAUGGCAUCGAUGCUUAUUCAAUACUAGCUCCUAGCACUCUUUUCGUAAAGAUUUUUGGCUCCAUUCUUGGUGUUUCUGCUGGCUUCGUAGUUGGUAAAGAAGGGCCUAUGGUACACACAGGUGCUUGCAUUGCCAAUUUACUUGGGCAAGGGGGUUCUCGCAAGUACCAUUUGACUUGGACUUGGCUAAGAUACUUCAAAAAUGACCGGGACCGGCGAGACAUGAUUACUUGUGGUGCAGCGGCCGGAGUGGCUGCUGCCUUUCGUGCUCCAGUUGGAGGUGUUCUGUUUGCUCUAGAAGAGGCAGCUUCAUGGUGGCGGAGCGCUCUUCUUUGGAGGACUUUUUUCACAACAGCAGUAGUUGCCAUAGUUCUGAGAGCUUUCAUACAAUACUGUAACACUGGAAAAUGUGGGCUAUUUGGCGAAGGAGGUCUUAUAAUGUAUGAUGUCAGUUCUGCCAAGACAACAUAUAGUGGCUCAGAUAUAUUAGCAGUAAUUUUCCUAGGAACUAUUGGAGGCAUUCUUGGAAGCAUAUAUAACUAUUUUGUGGACAAGGUCCUUCGUACUUAUAGCAUCAUCAACGAAAGAGGUGCUGCUUUCAAGAUCUUACUGGUUAUCAUCAUCUCCUGCUUGACAUCAUGUUGUUCUUUUGGCUUGCCAUGGUUUGCAAAGUGCAUCGCUUGCCCCACCGAUCUAACAGUGAGCUGUCCCACUGUUGGUGAGUCUGGAAACUAUAAAAGCUUCCAAUGCUCAUCUGGAUACUACAAUGACCUUGCCUCCCUCUUUCUAAACACUAAUGAUGAUGCUAUCCGCAACCUAUUCAGCACUAGUACCACAAAAGAAUUUCAUAUUUCCAGUCUUUUCAUCUUCUUUGGUGCUGUAUACUGCCUGGGAAUUAUCACUUAUGGCAUUGCUAUUCCCUCGGGUCUCUUUAUCCCUGUCAUACUAGCCGGAGCCUGCUAUGGACGUCUUGUUGGGAGAUUGUUUGAAUCAAUGUCUACGCUUGACACGGGUCUCUUUGCCCUUCUUGGAGCUGCCUCCUUUCUUGGUGGCACCAUGAGAAUGACUGUUUCCCUGUGUAUUAUAUUGCUUGAGCUCACCAAUGACUUACAAUUGCUUCCUCUCGUGAUGUUGGUUCUCCUAAUCUCUAAAACCGUGGCUGAUAACUUCAACAAGGGUGUCUAUGACCAAAUACUGAAAAUAAAGGGACUGCCUUACAUGGAAGCCCAUGCAGAACCUUACAUGAGGCAUUUGGUUGCACGUGAUGUUAUUACUGGCCCUUUGGUCACCUUUUCUGGCAUCGAAAAGGUAGGAAAUAUAUUGCAUGCUUUGAAAACAACAGGGCAUAAUGGGUUUCCUGUUAUUGAUGAACCACCUCUCUCGGGGCCACCCGAAUUGUGUGGAAUUGUUUUGAGGUCUCAUUUGCUAGUUUUGCUGAAACGAAAGAAUUUUUCGAGGGAUAGGGUGGUUACUGGAGAUGAUAUCUUGCAAAGAUUUGCUGCAUUUGAUUUUGCCAAGGCAGGGUCCGGGAAGGGAAUCAAACUAGAGGAUCUAGAUAUUGAAGAGGAAGAGAUGGAGAUGUAUGUUGAUCUUCAUCCUAUUACCAAUUCAUCCCCAUACACAGUGGUUGAGACAAUGUCACUAGCCAAAGCUGCAAUUCUCUUUCGGCAACUUGGUCUCAGGCACAUGUGUGUAGUCCCGAAGAGCCAAGGGAGGCCUCCAAUUGUUGGAAUUCUGACUCGGCAUGACUUCAUGCCAGAGCACAUUUUGGGACUCAAUCCUCAUGUGAUGCCUGAUAAGUAGAGCAGCUGAAUGUUGAUUAAGGGGUCAUCUCUUAUAUUAUAGUGUUCCGUUCUAUGGUUGUGGGUGAUCAAGUUGGUGUUUGGACUCAUGGAAUUGAGAUUUUUACUUUUAACAGUAAUUGAAAGCAAACUUGCUGAGCCAUACAGAUAUCACAGGCAAAUUUGAGUCUUCCAAUCGACGAGAACAAUGUAUAUGACCACAUUAUAGAGACCAUUCUAUAUGCUGUUGGUGGAUAAAUACACGUAAGUGGAGCCCUUUGUAAUACAACAAGAAAUGAUAUAAUUCACAUGCAACUGUUUUUAGAGAUUUUCGAGUCAGUGUUCCUGUGCUGAUACUCUAAUAUAUUUCCUUUUGUUAA